GGGCUUCCAGCGUACACCACUCCGACUCCCUUACAAGUUGUCGUCUCAGGCUUUCCUUCAGCACAACCCGAACCGUCAAUGUGCACAGCCUCACAAUGUCCACACCGCAAGCGAAGCGCCGCCGGCUGAACAAUGCUACUAAGACACUGCACAAGCCGUUCAAAUCACCCUUCCGCACACCGCUCAAGCCAACCAUCGGCUCCAGUCCACCCUCUUCAGAUUCCCCAGAUAUCGGCAGAACGCAGACCGCAUCGAACAGUGGCAUCGUCCAGGCGCGCCCGGUUUCGGUCCGGCCGAGCCCCGACCAUUCGACUACAAAUGCCAUGAAGCCGCUCCUGCCACGCCCUAGCAUCCCAACACCUACGCAUAGACCGCGCUCACGGAAAAAGGCGGCGCUUUCCAAACCAAGUCUGACGCGGGAGAUUGUCGACCUUCGCAACGAUAUUCAGACACUUUCACAAGCGCAUGCGCUCGCUACAUCAUCAAAGGACAGUGGCCUGCUCAUUCUCGUCGAGCGUUGGCGUACAGCGAGUCGUGCUGCAGCCGAGGAGCUGUUUGCUACGACCCAAGAUAGAGUGAACUGCAUGGGUGGCGUAGGCGCCUGGAAAGAUCGUGAAAGAGAGCAGAAAGAGUGGAAAAUCAAGGCUGAGAAAGAGGAGAUGGAGGCGGAAUGGGAGAGGCUUGAGGAAGCUAGAGAGAAUGGUCAAGUCAGUGAAGAUACGUACGAGCAGUGUGCUGACGCGGGAAUGGGCACCGAGCAAGAGGAAAAAGAGACGUUCAAAGCUGUAGACGACGAUUCUUUCACCAUGGACAUGAUGCUGAAGACGCUCAACAUUGAUCUCGAUCUGAUCGGCUACAACAAGGAGGCGCAGCGAUGGGACGGAUGAGGCAAAUCUGCGCAAUAUGCAUCACCCACAAAAAGCCAAGACAUGCACGCCCGCGCUCGGUGCUUGCCUCUUCCUUUUUCCGAAUGCUACAAUAUAUGCAUACCUACUACUAGACAUGCUUAUCUGCCACACUUCUACGAGGCCUUGGUCAGUUGCUAAGUCUCUCGUACCUGACCCUCGUUCACCUCCUUGCGACUACGAAUGGGUCCCACUAUUCUCCGAAGCUCACCACCUCAUAGAUGUUGAUGCAGCUUUGCUAGUUUGACAAUAUGCAUUACCAGAGGUACAAAGACAACAGUAAUAAAAUACAUCAUCUGUGAUGCACCAG